AUGGCCAAACUAUCCGUGACGACGUCCCUGGGAUCCGCCACAUUCAUCUGCACGGCGUUGAGCCUCGUGAACUGCACGAUAUGGGUGCAGCAGUUACCGCCGCCUCAGAACAGUCAGUUCCCGCCCCCGCCCCCACCGUGGUGGAACCCGCACACACGACCACACACCCCGAACCACUGGUUCAUGAUGAACCGAACGUGGCCCUUUCCAGCCACGCUGAACCUCAUCCGGCCGGGACUCUGGAGCACCUUCAACGGCACUCUCUUGCAGUCGGUGUCGCCCGACGAAGUCGUCUUCAUCACGCGCUUCCACAACGAGCUGAGGCAGACGCUGGCCUUAGGAAAGCUGGGUGGUUUCCCGCCGGCGGCAGACAUGCUUCUCCUGGAGUAUGAUGGAGAAGUUGCAAGGCGUGCCCAAGUCCACUCACAGAGUUGCCGCUUCCAACAUGGCUGCUUUGGAUGUGGUCAAGUUAGGGGAUACAUCGGCCAAAAUCUGUUCCUGGCACCCCGAGGCAACUGGGAGCAGGCUAUCAGGACCUGGUGGGAGGAACACCGGAGCACUAGCCGGGACAUCGUUGGCCGCUUCAACUUCUCUCCCCGAAACGGACACUUUACGCAGAUGGCUUGGUCGCGCACUGCAAAAGUAGGCUGCGGUGCCACUGACUGCCCACAGCUAAACGGACGUUACAUGGUGUGCAACUACGAACCUGGAGGAAACAUGCUGAGGCAGCCCGUGUACACGGAAGGCUGGCCGUGCUCCUAAUGUCCUCAGGGCACGCAAUGCGCGUCCGUGCAGGGCUCUCGGGAAAUGUCACUUUGCGCACGCCAGUCUUUGAGUUGUCCCCCUCAGUCCCUAGCACCUCCAAACCGCACACCGUGACUCCAUGAACCCGUUCAUCAGUGGCGAUAUUUCCCGCAAGAACAAGAGCCAACAUUGUUCAAAACUUUAGCG